AUGCUCGCUAGGCCCUCCGCCGCCGGGCUGAUUGCGCUCCCUGGUCCGGGUCCGCAGUGGCAGCUAUUCUAUCGGAGAGUCGGAGAGCAGGCAUGCGCCGAUCCCUCGGCUAAGCGCAAGCUCGUAAGGAUUUCGAAUGCCUUGGCUUGGGUACGAGCUUCUCGCAAUGUCAGAUACAAUUGGCAUGUCGCAUCAUAUCAUCGCGCGGUAGUAUUGGACCUUUCUACUUCCACGUAUUCCUGUUCAGCGAACAUCCUUCGUACUUGGCAUACACAACUCCUCUUGCUGCGCCCUCCGCUGCCUCGAUUUCCAAAAGCAAAGCAUCGACCACGAGAACCUUAG